AUGAUCAAACCGAAUGUCGAAGACAACUUGCCAGAAGUUUUAAAUCGAUUCAGACAGAUGAGAAACGAGCGGAAAAUAUUGCAAACGAUUUUCGAUAAGAUAUCGGAAGAUGUAAAUUUCCAGGGUUUGAAAUUAGCCAGGAGAGUUCUGUGCGUCGGACCAGGAAAUGGAGAAUACGAUCUGGAAUUUAUCAAAAGAUGUGUUCCAAAGAUUGACACAUUGGUUGCCGUUGAAUAUAACGGUAACUGCCUUAAAGAGUUGGAGAAAAGAUGCGUGGAAUGUUUCAACGGUACAGUAAAAUAUCGAUUUUAUAAUUCUCUUUUCGAAGAUUGGGUGGAAGAUUGGACAGGAAAUUCAUCUGACGAGAAAUUUGACGUCAUCAUCGGUUUGCACGUGUUUUAUGAGAUGAUGCCAGAGACCAGGCUGAAAGCGUUUGGAGGAAUAUUCAAGAAAUUGUUGAAAGAAUCGACUGGAUAUUUUCUGUUCAACUCCAUGUCGGUCGAUCAUUUGCCGGGUAUGUGUAAUAUCGCUUGCGAGUUUGAGAAGCACGUUCAAUUCACGGAAGAUGUCGUCAAUGUCGUUGCUCUUGCUCAAGACAUGAAGUCCGAAGUUGAACAGGCUGGCGGGAUGGUUGUGCAUUCCAAGGAUUUUAUUACUGACGUUGACUGCAGAGACCGUCACUCUGACAUCCUGGCUUUGUACAGAUACUGUUACAGUAACGUAACAGAAGAAAUCGUUGAAAAGAUGAUGAAGGAAUUGGUCGAUGGGUUUGGCUGCUUCCAAAUUUCGCUCUUCAUCGCUCAAAAAAUGCUCAACUGA